GUGUCGAGAUCGCAUCUUAAUAACAAUUAAUGAGGGUGCCGACGUCACUGGGGUCGUAUAUACAAUGCGUGUAUUUUUGUGUUGAUGGGGUAAGUGUUCAGCUAUAUAGGAACACAGUCUCGAGGCGGAAGGACGUGGAAGGCUAGCUCAGACUGCAAAGAAAUCUGAACCCCUAGCACAGUGUUUCUCUUCCUAACAGAGUUGGUACACAGGGCCUAUAUAGGUGUCUAGCUGUGGCGAAGAAGGAACGAGGGAGGUUUACAGUUUGAGGACACCGUUGUGGGGAAAGGUUGAUCAACUCUUAGUUGUAUCGAAGAAGAGGGAUAAACUCAAGUGUACAUUUCCCACUGUUACCACACACAGUCCUGUGAAAGUUACUUCGGAGAAAGCAUAUUAUAAUAUACUGUCAGUACUCAUAUUUGUUAGGGAGAGGGUCUUUUCGGCCAUUGACAUUGAAUGAACCUCUAUAGCAAGAGUCAGAGUUGGGAUUUAUUGUAAACAACAAGUAUUUGUACAUUGUUUACAUCUGGUUAGCUUCAACGUUCUAAACAAGCCGCGUAUUGACACUGGCCGUGGAUUUUACGAUCUUGGCAUUCUUUGUGGAUAGAAUCACUGCAGUGCAGAGAGAGACGGGUCGAGAGCAAGAUGAAAUCCUGUCAGUUUUUCUCCGUGCGUGUGAUUCUUGGUGGAUUGAUAGGACUGUUGGUAGCGUGCCGUGAAUCUGUGGCAGACAAAUCGAGGUGUCCAAGCAGAGUUCGCGACCAGCCGAAUGUCUUCCCCUUCCAAAACAAGUGUUACCGUUUCUUCAACGUUGAAAAGACCUGGGAGGACGCUUUGACUGACUGCAGAAGUACCGGUGGAACACUCGCAGCCAUAUAUAACCAAGAGACCCAAAACUUCUUGAAUGGCAUCCUGAACUCUCUGCAGUCUGCGUGGGGGUCGUUUAAUGGCGUCUGGAUAGGAGCCAACGACAAAGCAAACGAGGGCUCGUGGUACUGGGUUGAUACAGGAUACACAACACUGGACUCCUUCAAGAAUUGGAACCCGGGAGAGCCAGAGGACCACGUCUUUGCGCCAUACACUGACUGCGCCGCCAUGAAGCGUCCAGACGGGUGGCGCUGGGGGAACUACUUGUGUGAGACGUGGCCGCAUACCUACCGGUAUAUCUGCAUGUACGAUAUGCUUCCAACAACCACAACCACCACCACCACUACUACUACCACAACCACCACCCCCAAAACAACAACCAUCACAACCACAACCACGCCUACUACAACCACUACAACCAGCACUCGUCCAACCACUCAGCACACUCACCCAGUCUCACCUACUACAAUUUCUGCGACGAGAUCCAGUCCCACCGCUGCCACCAAGACAGACGUGGAAUUUUCCAGCGCCACCACUUCCAGUAUCUUCAAACCAGGUGGAGCAAAUGCUGGUGCUUUCAAGUCAGACAAUAAACAACAAGACGAUCACACAGGUGUUGUGAUCGGCGCUUCAUUUGCGGGAAUAUUCAUCUUAGUUUUGGUGCUUCUUAUAGUAGUUUAUGUAUACAGAAGGCGCAUAAGAACACUAAAAGAAAAAGUGGAACAUGUUUCUACGCAAAAUCAUUACAGCAACUAUGACGACGAGCUCCACGCCCAAUUCGCAAACCCUUUAUACCUAGACCAACAACCGCCACAACAGCAGCAACCCGAGCCUCUGUAUUCAGAACCCACGCCGCGCCCACCGCAACCGGAAAUAGAACCUGCCGGCGCAUGUGCGAUUUAUGCCGUCCCAGAUGAGUGCCCGUAUGAUGUUCUUAAGCCGCCACGCCCCGUUGGAAAAGUGGUUGCUGAUGAUGACGAUUUUACCGAGAAAGAGUCUCCGGUAAAUGCGCGCUAUAUUUCUAUGGACCAGGCACGACAGAUAAAAGAGGACAGUGAGCUUGAUGUCUGAGAACUAUAACGACCCAGAUCACACGACUUUUGAUUAAAAUGUUACCAAAUGUAAUUUCUGUAAUUGUCUUUAAGGGAACGCCCAGCUCAGAAGGAUUCUGUGCAUCUCACAGAUUUUUAUAGUUUUGACUUAUGACUUUGACUUUUAUUUAAAAAAAAAUAAGAAGCGGAAAGGACAUUUCUCCACCGCCAGAUCACGAUCAAUACAAUUACACAUGUAUUAUGUACUGUCAGACAAAUGCUCGAUAAUCCUGGGGAAUGAUACUGUAUAUAAUCUGUAAAUAGUUCCAGAGAGAGAGAGAGAGAGAGAGAGAGAGAGAGAGAGAGAGAGAAAGAGAGAGGGUUACAGGGAGGGGGUCAGCUGGUUUGACCAAAUGUCCAGGCAAACGCGAGCCACGGACAGAUUUUUCACAUUCCAAAUGCAAUGUAAGUUCAUGUAUAGGCUACUGUCAUCAUUAUCGUGUAAAUAUACAAUUUGAUAAAAAUGAUAA